AUGCAAGUUGGCGUUUGUGACGACGAGAGCAAACGGUGCACCUUUAGCGGCUGUGGGCACAUCAGCUUCCUUGCCGCUCGAUGUGGUUUUUGUGGUGAGAUGUUCUGCCCCGAGCACACAUCAGUGGGUAGUCACAACUGUUGUGCAUUUGGCGUUCAACCACUUCGUUGCGAGCGCUGUGGUAUGGUGGUUCAACUCGAAUAUUGCGGGCAAUCAGCAGCGGAAGCGAUGGCGCGUCACACUACAAGUGGUUGCCAGCCUUCUCAAUCUCCAGGGACAAAAGAAGGACAGUCGAACCGCUGCAGCUAUCGGGAGUGCCAAAAAAAUGAGCAUGUCACUAUAAUCUGUGAUGAUUGUGGAAAUACGUACUGCGUUGAGCACCGUGCUCCACAGAGCCACCGCUGCAAGCGAAUGCAUGUGCGGCAACCCGUUCCUGAGUCAAGGCCGACCCCAAGCUAUCCAACUGUGGCCUCAAAUGCAAAGUACGGCCCACGUAACACCGAACGCACGGCCUUUGGAAGACCAACUGAGGGUUGUGUGACACCUCUAGUUGUAUUUGCUGAGGGGUUCGGGGUGUCUCCAUUUUUUAUACACUUCACACCCACCACUGUUGUCGGCCGUAUGGUGGAUUCUACUGUAAGUCAGGCGGAAUUGGAAAGCCGUAGCGUAAGCUCAUCAAAGAGGCCAUGGCGCCUGCAUGUGGUGAAGCGAGGAAACGGACCAAACGAGUUGUGUGUCAGUUCACCAUCGUUUUCUGACACAUUGGAGGUAGCAGGUAUCUCCGGGGGAACGAUCGCAUAUAUAGGAACAGAGGACUCUGUGCCGGGUACCGUGCAGAAAGAACUGUUGAAACUUUUAAAGAAGAAAUCUGAGGAGAGGGGGCGUAAGAAGAGUGGCUGUUGGUGUAUGUGA